UUAUUUUUCCAGGACAAUGACGGCAAUAUGCUUCGUUUGCAAUCUGCCGAUACUGUCGCACCAAGUGGGGCUGGUGUGGGCGGGAGGGAACGGCUGGGACGAGCUGACGCGGUCCACACUCGAGGAGAACACGCUCCGGCAGCGGUUGGGCAGCCGGCGCGACUCGGCGGCGCAGGUAUCGUGCCUGUCGCCGCCCGAACCCGACGUCUCCAACCAGACACAAACUGGUCCCCGCCGACGACGAUCGUCACUAGCGCAGCUAACAGAUAUUCUGCGGGAGUGGGGUGGUGGUGGCAGCAGCGCCCCCCGCCGCCAAAGAGCCCCCCUGUCUCGGCGGGAAACCUUGGCAGACCUCGCCCGCUCCUUGCCUUGGGCACGCCAGCACGAGCCUCCGCCCCGCCGCCGACGCGACUCUUCCGCCGACUCGGGCAUCAAAUCCAUGGCAUCCAAACGCCGUGACUCGAAAGCCGCACCCCAAGACUUCCGUACAGACUUUCCCAACGCUUGGGAUCGUAGAGAUUCAACCACCAUUGCGCCAAGCCGGGAAAGGCGCGUCAAGAGACGCGGGUCGGGUGACGACAAAGAACGUCGAGACUCAGUCGACGGACACCGCCACCGGAGAGAUUCCGUCGCAGCUCCUCCUCCUCGGAUAGUCGCGACACAUAGAAAGAGACGUUUAUCACCUCCAACACCGGCGCCACCGUCAUUUGUCGAUGCUUCAUCAGAUCCCGGUCCAUCGACACAUAUGCCUUCCGUGACAGUGGUAACUGUACAUGAACCCAGCCGUUCCGAUGGAGAAUGUCAGCCAAUGACAAUGCCAACCAUAAUUACAUCUGCUGUUACACCAUCUCCAACGUCUCCUACGAUACCCAGUAAUGCAGCUCAGGCGGGUCAGACUUGCCAAACUACUCAAGCUACAGCAGUAUCCCCAAGCGGAAGAACUCCGCCUAGUCUUGGUGGCCGACGAGAUUCUACAACGCAGUGUGGUCGAGCUAGGAGGGACUCUCGAGCUGCUGCAAGUCCAGAACGGAGACUGGGUAGGCUACAGCGGCAGGCAACUGCGUUUGAUGACCCAAAUGGACCACCUGGAACGCGCCGUCGAGAUUCCGGGCCAUCUUUAGGUCCCGAUGACGAAAACCGUGUAAGGAGAGAUUCCCUAAGCCCCGAUUCAGCGGUGCGACCACGAAGAGAUCGAUCUCAGUUGAGUCCGGAUCGAGCUGGAAAUGUGGAGCUAAGUCCAUCGGCAGCAAGAAGACGCAGCCGGUUGCGAAGGCAGGCUUCGUGCGCUAGAGGCGGCCGCGCUCGGAGUCCUGAGUCAAGUUCUUGUUCGAGUCGAGACCCUAGCCCGGGCGCGCGUCCCCCAGAGCGAACUAUGAUCCGUCGCCAAUCUACUACUGAGGAGAUAUUGAUAGCGCGAGGGUUCCGAAGACAGUCCACUACGGAGGAAAUGAUCAGGUGCCGGAACUUCCGGCGACAGAGUUCACAGAGCGACGACGCGUGCAUGCGCGCCCGCGGCCGGAGGGACUCCUCCACUCAAAUCCUCGACGGCACCAUAGGCACCAUGACCGUCGAGACCACGAGCACAUUCUUCGAUUCAAGCACACAGACAGAGCCAUCCCCGUUGUACGACAACAACCAUUACCACGAGGAAUGUCUCCGCUGCAACUCCUGUGGGCUGAACCUGACCGGACCCAAUCAGAAACGCGCACGCCGUUUCAAGAACCACAUCCUGUGCGACCUGCACUUUGCGGACGUCGCGCUCAUGGAGUGCAGUGACUUCAUGCAGCAACUGCGCAGCUUCAAGCCCCAGUCCCUCGGCUGCGCCGUCGCGCGCCGCAAGUCUUCGACCACGCUCAUAUUCCCGCUGCCACCGCAGGCGUGUUCAGAUGAAUUCUGCGAAGAGUACCCACACAGCCUGAUCCCGACGCCGGGGUACUGGAUCGAGUGCUCGCGGCAGAAGAUAACGACCGACACCAUCUGGGACGAGUCGGAAUCGGAGCACGACAGCGGCCCAGAUCGGGACAACGCAGACAAUGACCGCCACCGAAGAUCGGGUUCGCUGGACGAGGCAGCCGAAGACAGCAGCGACAAUGGCGGCAGCACGCCGAAGAAGAAGACCGUCAUCGAGGAGCAAUGGGAGCGCUCAGGGGCCUUCGAACUCACCUCUGUGGAGCAGGAGACCUACGAGAAGUACUUCUACGGCUCUGAGCACUGGAACUACUUCACCAAUGACGAGGACCUCGGCCCCGUCAUACUGUCCAUUAAGCAGGAGACGCUUAAUUCCAGAGAUCAGUUCAGAAUCCUGGUCCGAGCGAUCAGCUACACGGUGCACGGGCUGAUCCCGGCGUCGUGCGUGUUCGCCGACCGCUACAAUCGCGAGGAAGUGGUGCGGUCGCUGGGCAAGGAGGUGAACAUCAACCCGCCGCUCAUGCUCGGCCAACUGCCCGACACGCCCGAGGAACUGCUUAAGCUGGAUCAGGUGUUUAUAAAGUCGGAGUUGAAAGUGGGCGUGAUAUUCGUCAAAGAAAACCAAUAUAGCGAAGAAGACAUUCUGGACAAUAAUGAAAAUUCGCCAAUGUUUGAAGAGUUCUUACAAGUGCUCGGGGAAAAAGUGCGGCUAAAAGGUUUCGACAAAUACAAGGGCGGUUUAGACACCGUCCACGACCUAACGGGCCUGUACUCAGUAUACACGAACUGGCGAGGAAUCGAGAUAAUGUUCCACGUAUCGACACUAUUGCCAUACGAACGCCACGACCCCCAGAAGCUUCAGAGGAAGCGGCACAUAGGGAAUGAUAUUGUGUGCGUCGUAUUCCUCGAAGCGGACAACACUGCCUUCUCGCCGGCUUGCAUUAAAAGCCAUUUCUUACAUACGUUUAUUUUAGUACGAGUAUCGGCACGGAUAAAACGGCGGCCGACCAGGUACGAAGUCUCGGUUGUCACUCGGGACGAGGUCGGUGCAUACAAACCCUACCUCUGGGAGCAGAGUGUGUUUGACAAAGGCCCCAUGUUCAGAGAAUGGCUUCUCACGAAAAUAGUAAACGGAGAAAGAGCGUCAUAUUCCGCCCCGAAAUUUGCGAGGAUGCAAGAAAGAACGCGGAGUCAAAUGCUCGAAGACAUUGUAGCUAACUUGCAAAAUCACGCCGAAACUGGACAGAUACCUAAACCAUAUAGGAGAGGUUCAUGGCGCCCUAUCGGACAUAUGAGGCCGUCAUCCCCUCUCCUCGACUCUGUACGCGAUCAGUUUGAGGACUACGACCAGCUCGCGAAAGACUUUACGAGGGUGUUUCUCAAUAAUGAGCUGAACGUGGCCACGAAUGCCCAGCUGUUUGAUGUCGUGUUCCUCGUGGGACAGUCCAAGCAGAAGACCAAGUUUAUUGGUGUGAGGGCGAUAUUGGGGGUUAGGAGUAGAGUAUUCCAAGAGAUGUUGUACGGCAUCCAGACCGGAUUCGGGUCGCCGCAGGUGCCUGUAGCGGAGCUGCUAGCGCGGCCGGCACCCACGCUGCUGUCGCCCACGCCAGCGCGCCAGAAGAGCAGCAACUUCCUGCAGGUGCCCGACAUCGAGUCGCCAAGGCCAAAAAGCGUACCCAGUUCUCCCAUGGUGAAACGGGCUUUCUCCCGGCUGGGCACGAUCACGGCCGGCUGGGGCCGCUCCAUACGCAAGCAGCACUCGCAACUCAACGCUGACGACAAGAAGAAGUGGGCCAGCUCGCAAGACUGCUCUAAUAAAGAAGGCAAAGAUAAAGACAAGGACAAAAAUGCGGCGUUAGCAGUACCGAGACUAUCGGUGUGCGCCGACGCCCAGAAAGUGGAUCGUGCCAAACUUGCACAGACUGAGUUUUCUAUAAUCGAGUUCGACCCGGAAACGUUCCGCAUCCUGCUAGACUACCUGCAUACGGGCAGCUGUCCGCUGACCUGCGCCUCCAUCCCGGGGCUGAUCUGCGCCGCCGAGCACUACGACCUGCCUGAGCUGCUGCAGGCCUGCUUCCACCACGCCAAGCAGUUCCUCAGGAUAGAAGUGGUUUGCACAAUGCUGAUAUCUCUGGAGAACUACUACUGGCGGUACACGUCGGCGUCGGAGCUGGUGAACAUGAUCCUGGCAUUCACGGAGCAGCGCGCCUACGCGCUGUUCCAGACGGCCGAGUUCCUCAACCUAUCCGAGUCGAUGGUGCAGAUGAUCAUGUGCCGCAACCUCGAGGUGCCCGAGGUCCGCAAGUUCGAGGCCAUGCUCAGCUGGGCGCGCAACAAAAUCAAGGCCAAGUCCGCCAAUAAGACUGAUGCCAAAAAUGAAUUUAAAUGCAUUAUGGAAAGGCUCGCACGAGACCUGAAGCUGUAUAGGAUCUCACCGCAGGAGCUGAUCAAGGUGGUGCUCCCGUCGAAGGCGAUCAAGAACGAGCGCAUCCUGGAGACGCUCAUGUACCAGGCCAACUCGGGCAUGUACCGGAUCCAGGACAGCUACAUCGAGGCGUGCCAGCAGCGGCUGCAGAAGCAGGACUCGCGAUUCUCCGAGUUCGAGAGCUUCGACUACGGCAUUUAAACGGAGCUGUGAGGAUUAUCAGUGUAUUAGAUAGAUUUUGAAGAGAGACUGGCCUGCUCCUUCUCAUAUGUGGUAUGUUGAAGCCUUCUAAAGUAUUAUUGUUAUAGAUGUACUCGAGUAGAGGUGCGAGAAAUUAUUGUACACUUCUCGGAUACCUAUUCCUUGUUGUUGUUCAUUGAUACCUAUAUAUAUUUUUUACAUCUAGACGUGUUCAGCAUAAUCAUCUCUAUUUUUGGUACCGUGAACAUUGCGAUACGUGUGUUGUUUCGCAAAUGAAGACACCCGAUCGGCUGGCGUGGUGUCUUGUCAGUUUAUGCCCAUACAGAUGUAGUUCGAUUUGCGACCACAUGACGUAUACACUAUAAAUACCAAUACUUAUCAUACAUAUCACCAUUCCAGCCGCCUUAUACUAUAUUGAGUAUAUUUUCAACCAAUUGAUCAAAUUCAUUGUUUAUUUUCUAUGAUCCUAAAGUACAAAACAAUGGUUCAUGUAAUUAAGGGGUUUCAAAAGUAAGUACAUAUAUGAUAAUCAUCAACCAUUUUUAGGGUUCCGUAGGCAAAACCAAAAACAUGUAUGGCAAAAACAGAACCCUUAUAGUGUCGUCAUGUAAUAUUAUGCGUAGACCAACACGCAUUUGGCCGGUUUUUAAAAUAACUAGAAGUAAAAAAUUUGGUACAUUCUUAAUUUUUUAUUUGUCAUGAAUUCAAUAAAAUAUUCAUUUUAGUAUUGACAGAGGUACAUUUGUGAAACCCCUGAUCUAUCCACAAAUCGUACUUUAUCAUACACAUCAUUGUUUCAUGCAAACGCGACUGAUUCACAAAUACGUUAAGUCGUAUUCUAAAAAAACGUAUUAUAAAUACUACUUAUAUAUGAACAUAAUGAAUAAAUAAUUAAAUAUCUAAAAGGAUGUACAAAAUGAUAAAACACAAUUGAAAUUUAAUGAAUAUGAACGUUACGGAACGUUACGAACGUUAGAUAAUUUGUAGAAUAAUUAUGAUGUCUAUAGCGAAUCUCGUUAUUGAGAAAUCUUUAAACCUGUUAUUGCCUUUUGUCUUACUAAAUUUAUUUGUAAGCCUUUCCACGUAUAUUUGUUAACUAAUCAAUUUCGCUUAACUUCUCUGUACUCAGAAUGUUUCUUAACAUUUAUACAAUGGAUAGAUAUCAAAAUUUUUAUAAUAUAAGUACCUACUUAAAUAUUUUUUCUGCGAAAGUACAAAAAGUUGGUAAUAGUUUAUUGAUUACAUUAAAGACAUAGUUAUUAUUUACUGCGGCCAUAGCAUGGUAUAAAAAAUAUACUCCGCCUGGUACUCUCUUCCGACCUCGUGACUAACACAAGCCUACGUCAUCAUGCGACAGCGCUAUAUGAUAGUAUUGAUAAUAUGCAAGACGGCUUAGAACCUCUCUCGGAGAGACGUCGGCUCUCUUUGCAUGUUCUACCGUCUGUACAAUGGGAAAUGCUCGGAAGAACUUUUUAUCAAAGGAGCAAAGUUCAUCCCCACUUCUUAGAUACAUGGCACACCAAGAAUAAGCGGGCAUCUCGCUCGUUUCUUCCUAGAACGUGCAGAAUGUGGAAUGACUUGCCUCCUGAGGUAUUUCCUUUCGCUACGACAUGGGAUUCUUCAAGAAGCGGGUAUUUAGGGUUCUCAAGGGUCGGGAACGCUUAAAGUGGCUCCUGUGAUGUUGCUUAUGUCCAUGGGCGACGAUGACCGCUUCCCAUCAGGCGGCUCGUCUUCUCGUUUGCUGACUAUUACAUAAAAAAAGCGCUAAGUAUAUAAAGUAGCAAUGUUAUUGUGACGUAGGCUUGUGUCACUCUGGGAAGAGAAGACCAUUGUUUUAUUAGGCUAUGGGCCGUGGCAUUUGGGUCAAAAAAAUUAAUGUAGGUACUUUGUAGGUACUUAUUUGUAAUUUUUUUUAAUGCAGUAAGGUGACACAAGUCUGGUUGAAUGUCAAUAAUUGGUCAUGUGGGCUGAGCUAGACCUGCCUACAAAAUUAGUCUUGGUCUUUAAACUGACAUAUAUUUAAAAUUGUUUCCGUAGAAAUUGCGUCCUAUUUAUUACUUAUCAGCAAUCUGAUAUACUUACAUUGAUAUUUAGUGAAAACUGUCUCCGUUUAUUACUAGCGGAAAAGCUUCCUUUUUAAUGAUGUGUAGGUAGGGAUUUCUACAGGGUCGAUCAUUUUUGGACCGUUAGCCAUAUUGAGCGAUUUCAACUUCCCAUAGGAAUCGUCGACAUCCACUCGACCAAAAUGUAUGAAACGGCCAAAUAAAUUUUUGUCAUUACGGAGUUAGUCCCAUAGAAAAAGUUGUUCAGUAUGACCUACCUAAUCCCCUCUCACAAUAUGGCUAACGGUCCAAAAAUGACCCUGUAUUUGAGGGUAGGUGACAUUCUACUCUCCAUGUUUUCCUUUCACAGCUUGUCGCUCUUCAUAAUUUAUUAUAGUAAGUACAAAUUAUAUUUUCUUACAAACAUGGGUAUUUAAAAAUAAAUGUGUAGAUCCAAUAAAUGAGAUAUAAUUGAUGUAUAGACAUAAACUAUAAUCGUGCUCUUCCUGUUCGGUUGACGCUGUUACUGUUCAAAUGAGCUUGCGUUUCUUUUUAUUACACCUAAGUCUGGAGUCUCUCCCAGAAGUCGUCGGCAAUAUCGAGGGUCUGCUAGGCUUCUUGGUAGAAUUGGGUUGGCAAGAAUAGUGCCGGCAACCCAUCACGCAAUAUAAGCGCAAUAAUAUGACGUCGAGUUACAGAAAUCAAGCUCGCGAGAACCUGUAACCUACAUACACCUAAGUCGGCUACCUACUUCAUAAUUUAUUUCAUGAAUCCCUUAUUAUUUAAGUCCAAAUACCUUUUCAUCUUGGGUUAACAAUAAUGUGUUUUAUGUAUUACUUUCAUUACAUAAAACAAUAGAAUCAUGGCUUUUGCAAUGACAAAAUGAGGCAAUGACGGCCAAGUUGCUUAUAAUAUAAUGGUUUCGAAUGUAGUACCUAUAACAAUUUACAUUUUUUUUGUGGUAGGUAUUGAAAUAUCAUUUGGACCUGCGGAACUGGCUCCCGCGGCUUCCAAAUUGUAAAAAAAAAAUAAUGCAAAAAAAACGAAGUAGGUGAAUUAUGUUCACAUCCAAGUUUUCCAAUUUAUUCACAUAAUACUCGUACAAAUGAACAGAUGAACAGGCCGCGUAGCCAAGAUGCCAAUCGCUUACGCUCCGUAGCGAUCGAAACGUAACUGUCACUGUCGCGCUAAUAUGGAAGAGUGAUAGAGAGACAUAAUGCUUUUCGUUGUCGAAGCGAUAGCGAUUGUCAUCUUGGCUAGGCCGGCUGGCCUUUUUCUGAGCGACAAUAGCGGUUUUAAAAAACUUGCUUCGCCGUGGGUUGGUCUUAUUGUCUAAACACUUUGGACGAGAUUACCUUGAAUGGAAAAAAUUGUGGGACAGUAACUAGUUUCGAAAUGUGUUGAAAUUAUGUUAUCAAUGUCUUUCAAACUAUCAGAAACUACUAAUUAUAAGAAUCUACUUAAAUUCGUGUUUAACCAACUGUCAAAACUUCAGUUUCAUGCAGAAUAUUUACUAUUAGAACGUUUCCAUUUGGUUUGAUUAGCUCCAUCCAUAAAGGUGUCAGUAACAUAUAUGGAAGCCGAUUCGAACCUUAAUAAUAUGAUCUUGAUUUGUUAGAGCUUGAUAUUCUUGAUCUACACAUGUGCAUUUCGCCCACACUUAUAUAUUUCACAGACAUAGUAACAUAUUAAGUUGAGAUUAUUAAAUUUCGAAUAAGCUACAUUAUUUUCAUCAAUAUAUCACCAUUUGGCGCAACUUCGCCAUUCACUCACCGAUGAAGAUUAAUUUAUUGCAUUGCAGAAUGUCCUUGUUCUAUAUUUCAUUUUCAACCCGUAUCUCCAUUCCAUAUCUUAUUUUGCUAGGUGUAGCUUUUUUGUUUUUGUAACAGAUGUCCUAAUUGAGAAAUUUCACCUGCCUCUCUGUUACUCGAAUAAUAUACAACAGAGAUAAGACGCAUAUAGGUAUACCCAUUUUAAUUUUUUCUAUAGUUAUUGGGGGCUCAGGUUUAUACUUCUUAUAAUCAGCAUUAUUUUUAGAGUUCCGUGCCCAAAGGGUAAAUACGGGACCUUAUUACUAAGACUCCACUGUCCGUCUGUCUGUCACCAGACAGUUGAAAUUUUUACAGAUGAUGUAUUUCUGUUGCCGCUAUAACAACAAAUACUAAAAAGUACGCAACCUUCGGUGGGCGAGUCCGACUCGCACUUGUCCGGUUUUUUUUUUGCUAGAAGUACGAGUAAGACGCAAACCUACAGACCUACACUAUACCUAACUGUUAAAGAAAUAUCUUCUGAACCAAUUUAAAUGUUAAACAUUUUUAUAUCUUAUAAUAUCUAUCUGUAUGAAUACUUAGUGUUAUACCUUACCCACGCGGUGAAUAGACCCAUUUUACGCAUUGAUGUUUGUAGAUAUUUGCAAUAAAAGGAAAAUGGUAGGUACAAAAACUUCACCGAUGCGGAUAAAACGAAGUUUACUUAUUUGGCCUUAUAUUUUUCCAUAAGUUAAAUUAUAUGUGGUAAUAAAAAACAUGUCAAACAUUGUUUUAAGCUCCAUUAUUUUCUUAUGCAACUAAGUAAUUUUCUUAUGUGGGAUACGUCUGAAAAUCUUAAUGAAAAUGUUUAAUAUUAGGUGUUAAUGUAUAAAUACGUAGCCUAAAAUUAAAAAACGUUUCUAAAAUUCUGGCAAAUAACAAUCAAAAAGUAAAGAUGAAAUGUCGAUAAAAUUUUUAUACUCGUGGAAUGCAUUUACAAAGUUUAAAAUAUGAUCUUCAAUUGUUGUGGAUGAUUUUAAUUUUUUUUAACUUUUAGUAUUUAGUUUAUUGUGAUUUUGCUCAAAGCUUUGAAGGAAUUUUAUGCCGUUGAAUGUAACUUUUGGAGUCUGCAUUCCAAACUUGGAUCUGUUCAUAAAGUAAUUGUACUUAAAUACUCAUCUAUAUGUAAUAAGUUUAAUUUGGUAGAACACCAAAUAUGGACGUGUUGAUAAGUUUUCUAUUCCAAAAUUUUAACCUUCCUGUGAUCGUGGAUGUUGCUAUAUUUAUGUAUAUGUUAAUAUGUGGGAUCUUCAAAGAAAAUGAAAAAAUAUAUAACUGUUAUUUUGCAUGAGCAAGAUGAAUAUUCAAUGAAAUAUUAUGUGGUGAAUAAAGUUUUUUUUGUGUAUCUAUUUCA